CUGCGUCUUUCGAAUGUCAAUGACGUCAAACUGUCGAAUAUUGGACCGUUCCCACUGAUGUAUAGCAUUCAUACACAUUUAGUGCCGGUUUGGUUGAAUGUGAGUGUUGAUUGUGCAGUAAAGAGUCAGUGAUGGCUGAGUGCAAUGAACAAUUACGUCGUUCAUCCCGCGUGAAAACGCCUGCAAGAUAUAAAAAUGAAGGCACAGAAAUACAACAAAGGCGACAGACCCGCCGGAUCGGUAUCACCAAUAGUGAUACAGAGGAAAUUCCAGAUGAGCUGACAAGAGAACUUGAAACUGAGCUACAACGUAUUGAGGAAGAUAGGCAGAGACCAACAGAACUGUAUACCGAAGCACAAGAUGUGAGUGGAGCUACCAUGUACAAGUUCCCAGUACCUUCCAAAAGUGGUGCUAUGGCGUUGAAAGCUGCCCUAAGCAAUCAACCACCUUUAACUCCCAAGACACCUAGGUCUCAUGCUAGAUUGAAGCACGAUACAAUCGCUGCGCAAACUCCAAUUAGUGUUCGCAGCAAACUCAAGAAAAAACUGGCUGCAAUUGUAUUGUCAUCAAGUGAAAACGAUAGUUCUUCUGAAGAAUAUAUCCCCACAGAUGAGAUAGAAUCAAGUGAAGAUGAUUCCACUGAAAGUGACGAAAGUGAUGUCAAAGCGAGUGAUGAUGAUGGUGAUGAUCAUAAGUUAAAAAAUAGUCUUCGAUCUAAAGUGAUUCCAACUUUGAGUACUCCAAGCACGAGGGCCAAGCGUAGGGCAGAUGUUAAGUACAGUGAUUAUCACUUAAAAACGGACGAGUACUUCGAAACUCAAUCAGCUAAGGUGUUAACUUCUGAUCGAACCUUGGGAAGACUAGUAAAUCCACGACUUGAUGAAGAAAGGCUGCAGCUGCUUCUAGCUAAUCAAAGCCACGUCUCUGAAGAACAUAAAGAAGCACUCAAAUCAAUUGCGCGGGAUCACAAAACUUUAUUUUCAAUGUGGCAGUUUGUAAUGGAGGAAGGCUAUAACCUGUUGCUCCAUGGCUUAGGGUCAAAAAGGAUUCUGAUCAAUGAUUUCCACAAAGAAGUGCUGUUUGAUUAUCCAACACUAGUUGUUAAUGGAUUCUUCCCUAGUUUGACCAUAAAAGAAAUAUUGGAUGGUAUAGUAGUUGAUCUUUUGGGACUGGAAAGUCCUUCUAAUCCUAACGAGGCUCUGAACAUAAUUGAAAAAGUCCUCAAGAAAAAUCCAGAUGAUCGCCUGUAUCUGUUAGUACAUAAUAUUGAUGGUAUAAUGUUGCGCUCCAGUAAAGCCCAAGAUACUCUCUCACUUCUGGCUAGUAUACCAAACCUUUCGCUCGUCGCCUCUAUCGAUCAUAUCAACACACCACUAUUAUGGGACAACACAAAACAUUCCCGGUACAAUUUCUGUUGGUGGGAUGUGACCACGUUGCUACCAUAUGAAGCUGAAACUUCAUUUGAGAGCUCCAUAAUGGUGCAACGAAGCGGAGUGCUUGUCUUGUCUUCACUUGUAAACGUAUUUCUCUCACUUACUACAAACGCUCGUGCUAUCUAUCUGCUCCUCGUUAAGCAUCAGUUGAAUCACGGAAACAACAACACAUACCCCGGGAUGGCAUUCAAAGAUCUGUAUUGGGGAGCACGGGAGGCAUUCCUUGUCAGUUCGGAUCUGGCCUUAAGGGCACAGUUGACCGAGUUUAUAGAUCACAAACUGGUGCGUUCAAAGCGAAAUUUGGAUGGAGCAGAGUACCUCAAUAUCCCAGUGGACAAUGCUUUAUUGCAACAGUUCCUGGAACAGCAAGAAAGUAGCUGCAGUACUUUGUUACAAAGUGACUACCACCGUUCGUCUAUGUUCCGGAUCCCGGUGGUGAGUGACUGCGCUCCGCAGACGUCGCGGGUCACGUCGAACUUGCACAGCAGCAGUAGCAUGGCGGUGAGCCGUGUUCCUAGCCCUCCGCCGCCCGAAGUAAACACCCCCGUCGCUGAGAAUUGGUGCUACACGCAGGUGAAGGUGGUCAAGUUCAGCUACAUGUGGACAAUAAACAACUUCAGUUUCUGCCGGGAAGAAAUGGGCGAGGUACUCAAGUCGUCGACUUUCUCCGCCGGGGCCAACGACAAACUUAAAUGGUGCCUCAGAGUUAAUCCGAAGGGUUUGGACGAAGAAAGUAAAGACUACCUCUCCCUGUAUCUCCUCCUUGUCUCCUGCAACAAAUCCGAAGUUAGAGCAAAGUUCAAAUUUUCUAUUCUUAAUGCCAAAAGGGAAGAAACCAAAGCUAUGGAGAGCCAGCGAGCCUACAGGUUUGUUCAAGGGAAGGACUGGGGAUUCAAAAAGUUCAUUAGAAGAGAUUUCCUAUUGGACGAGGCGAACGGACUAUUGCCCGAUGACAAACUCACGAUAUUCUGUGAGGUCAGCGUCGUCGCCGAUAGCGUAAACAUCUCCGGACAGAGUAACACGAUACAGUUCAAAGUUCCGGAGUGCCGGCUACCCGACGACCUCGGGCUACUUUUCGAAAACCAAAAAUUCAGUGACGUUACACUAACGGUCUGCGGAAGAGAAUUUCAGGCACACAAAGCAAUACUUGCCGCUCGAAGUCCCGUAUUUUCAGCGAUGUUCGAGCACGAAAUGGAGGAGCGAAAGCUAAACAGAGUCGACAUAACCGACGUUGACCACGAGGUGUUGAGAGAGAUGUUGCGUUUAUACACGGGAAAAGCAGCGAAUUUGGAAAAAAUGGCCGACGAUCUGUUGGCUGCUGCUGACAAGUACGCGCUAGAGAGGCUGAAAGUUAUGUGCGAGGAGGCGCUAUGUACAAGUUUAGCUAUCGAGAAUGCCGCCGAUAUUCUCAUCCUAGCCGACCUUCACAGCGCCGACCAAUUAAAAGCCCAAGCCAUAGAUUUCAUUAACACGCACGCGACGGACGUGAUGGAAACGGCGGGAUGGAAAUCUAUGAUCCUCUCUCAUCCGCACCUGAUAGCGGAGGCUUUCCGAGCUUUAGCGACGCAACAGAUUCCACCGAUCGGUCCUCCGCGAAAGCGGGUAAAGCAAAAGCUGAAAAGCAGACGCCCCUUGCCCCGGGGAUAACGACCACGUCGCCCCCUCCCCUCUUGCAUCCCUCUUGACUCUGUGUACAGUGAUGAACGGUUAGUGGUGAAAUAAAUGUUUCCUAGUGCGCGCCGCCACCCCACUGCCUGGUCAAAAGUAACCAGGACCGGGAAGAGCGAACGACCUGGCAUCCAAGAGCUUUCAGGGCCACGUGCCGUCGACAGAGGUGUACCCAGAAGCCAGACUCUUGUGUUCAGUGAGCGUCGGUGGUAGAGAACGAUAUUCUUACUCUGUGCCACUCACCGCUCGCUCACCAACCAAAUCAACAACUAUAUUGCGACUACUAUUCGUUCAGUUAUUUUGUUUUUCUACAAUUUUUCGAAAACCGAUUCGAUGCGUCGUACGUAAAAAAAAAAAGGUGCAGUAUUUCGAACAUGUUUACCGAAGAAUGCAGCGCGUGUGUUCAUCUUCCCUUUUGCCAACGUCGUCGUCGCGUGUCAAGGUGUUGGACCCGAACAGCAGCCAAAAUGUCGUAACGAUAUUUAUAUAUCUGCACCGACUCUGGCGAGGCGUCGAAUAAUUGUCGAGCGUAUUUCAAGAAUUGCCGAUGGACCAGGAAGUGAUCGAUCGGACUUUAUUAAUUGCCACGAAACGACACAAAAAGUUGUGAUAGACGUCAGCCAGACGACUAAAUAAUAUUUUGUUCCUUUGUCAACGGAUCAAACGUUACCCCCACGUGGGUUAGACACUUUGUUUAUUACCGAUAGUGAUUUAUAAUUGUAAACGUCAAAUUCUUCCAGAAACGGGGAAAUGAUUCUAGUUAGUGUUUUUUAUGAUCUCUUUCUCUCAAUAUAAUUAUUAUGUAAUAACUAUUGAUUGUUCAUAUGAUUUCUAUUACUACUUGCGAUAUCGUGCGAUCUGUGCCCCUCCUCCUCAUUACGUUUCCGUAUUUUUUUGUAUAUUUUUUGUCCGUGCAAGACGAAUCCUACCUUUUCUUCCUCUCUCUUUCUUUUUCUCUCCCGCUCCUACUCUCCCUCUCCCAGCUGGCACAGUUUGUUUUGUUUUUAUUAUUCGUCUAUAUAACGUGUAGUAGAGAAAAGAACAAAAUUUUCGAAAACAUAUAAAUGUAUUAAAUUUAGGGUUGUCCAUAAUUUAUCGAGUUUUAUGUUGGUUAUUGAACAAAAGAAUUAGAGGAGAAAGAACACGACAUGUCUUUAUCGUAUGUAUGUACAGUGAGGAUCGCGUGAAAUUGCGCACCCCAUUCGCGCGUGCGCGAUCGUCGUCAUUUGUUUUGCAGAAUAUUCAACACACUCAGAUUUCAGAUUCAGCUGUCAAAACCGCAGAGAGUAAGGGGGCAGGGAUAAACCUAACCUAAUUCCUUCCAGAAGAUAGAACUCUUUCGACGCAGGUAGCAAAGUUCUCUGCAAAAGUCGCAAUUUGUUCGAUGAGUCUAAUUCUAAUUUCUUACAAAAGAUGUCAUAGUAAUAUUGUAAAAUAAUAGUUCUCGAUCAGAGUUGGAAUUCCCAGCUUUUCAACUUCAGUAAGGAUUGAUGAUUGUUAUUCAGUUGGUCAAUUAAAUUUUAGGCUUAAUCAUAUUUAUUUCAUCCCAUGUCACUUUAAUUAUCUGAGGCUGAUUUCGUGUUGCAAUAUUCACCUGUCACAACAUACCUCAGUCAUGAUGUCAAUCUGACAGCUCGAGCUGGGUUCUGAGGCGGUUGGUACUAGACGUUAGCAGAUAACAAAAUCAAGUGUUUUUUCAAUUCGCGCUUGCGCACAAAAUCUGGGUGCGCAAUUUCACCUCAAACGUUGAAAAUGUUUCGAGUUGUAUUCGGAAAUAGUACGUUAUUAUCGAUAAAUAAGUGAAAAAAAAAGAAAUACACGAUUGGAACAAAA